AUGGUCCAUUGCAAGCCUAUGUCAACUCCAGUGGAGGUUAAUGCAAGGUUAUGUUCAGUCGAAGGCAAAGAUUUAGAGGAUCUACCCAUGUACAAACAGUUGGUGGGAUGUCUUAUCUAUCUCACGUUAACCAGGCCAAAUAUUGCAUAUGCAGUGAGUGUGAUUAGUCGAAUCAUGCAAAAACCGAUGAAACGUCAUUUGGAGGUCGUACAUCAGAUAUUAAGGUACGUGAAAGGAACCAUUGACUAUGGAAUCAUGUACCACAAUGAUAAAGAGUUUGAGUUUGUCGGAUAUUGUGAUGCUGACUACGCUGGUGAUUUUGACAUACGUCGGUCAACUACGGGUUAUGUGUUCAAUCUGGGUGCUAGAGUAGUCUCUUGGUGUAGCAAGGGACAACAAACAGUGUCAUUGUCAAGUACAGAAGCAGAAUAUCAAGAGGCGGCUAUGACAGCAUAA